CGUCUACCCCCAUUCCUGCAGCCGAUCAUAUCAGAUCAGAUAAUUGGGCGUAUGGCACUUGAGGCAUUUAAGGAACCGUCAGCGGCACAAUUGUAACACAAACUCGACUCCAUCCCUAACAUGUCCAGUCUCCUCCCGACCGAUGAGAUCGGUUGCUCUCAGUUUAUGGUAUUGUUGAGCCUUCGCACUUCAUCAUAACUAAGUACGCCAUGGACGUCACCUCGAAAUGCCUUUGCGGCUCUUCCUCGUUCACUGUUCGAAUCGAGCAGUAUCCCAUCGAGGCACACCUGUGUCACUGUGAUACAUGUCGCCAUGCCCACGGCGAAUUCGCAGCCUUUCACGCCCCUUGGCCGGUGCCGCCGCCCGAGUCGCUGAAGACCAUGACGGGGUAUCAAUCCUCCAGCUCUGUCACGCGAUAUUUCUGCAGCAAAUGCGGAACGCAAAUGGGGGAUGCCGGCGCACACGGCCACCAAUGGACGACAUCGACCGCCACCGUCGACGAACCGGAGAAGUUGUUCGAAUAUAAACACCACAUCUUCGUGCCGGACACGAAGGAUGGCGGCCUUUCGGAUUUGCUUCCGAUGAUCAAUGGGAGGGAGAUGCGGCUAUGGAGAGGGGAGAAAUAUCAAAGCGAGGAGCUACCGAAGAGCUGGAAAGGAGCGCCCCCAGCUCCGGAUCCUAGUGAGAGGCUCGAAGCACGAUGCCUUUGCGGAGGAGUCAAGUUUUUCAUUACCAGACCGGACGCGGAUGUGGGAGCGCCAAUUCCUCCACGAGAAGAUCCGGACAUCAAGAAGUACGUGUCGCGCAAGGGAAACAAAUGGAUGGCGUCGAACUGCGUUUGCAAAUCAUGUAGGCUCGCGUCGGGAUGCGAUAUCAGCAGCUGGUAUUUCGUGGCCACUCCCUUCAUUACGCUGGAAGACGGAGCUCCGUUCAGAAACGUAUUUGGGACCGGUCGGGAGUAUUGUAGUUCGGAAAAUGUGGCGAGAGUCUUCUGCAGUCGAUGUGGUGCGACGGUCCUCUACCAAAAUUUCCAACGACCGAAGAUGGUCGAUAUCUCGGCUGGGAUCCUGAGGUCCAAAGCAGGCGCCCGCGCGGAAGAUUGGGCUGAUUGGAAUUUGGGGAUCGACUAUUCAAGCGAGGCGAUAAAUGCUUCUAUGAGAGACGCCCUCCAGCAAGGGCUCAGUUCUUGGGGGCAUGAAACCGGCUGAACGCCAAUACCAAGGACAGUUCUGCAGCUUCAGGUUGCUUGAUGCUUCUCGUCUGUUCAUUGAGAGAGUGAUCAUAUACACACGUCACAUGAUCCACGAACAGGCUCACUACACAGCGUGCAAUACACGUCUUAGGCGGUCUUGAUCUC